AUGAGUGUGAGGCAAAGCGACAGCCCAGCGAUGGACAGCCUUGGCAGAGCCCGCCAGAUCACUGAGAUCAGUGGGUCCGUGCUGUCGAGCAUCUUCACUGUGAUGUUGGGCCCUUUCGUCUUCUUCGAUGCACAGAAGACCAAAUACCUCCAGAUCCUCACCUCACUCAUGCGUUGGAUCGCGUUCACCAUGAUGAUCAUCCUGGCUCUGAUCCGUAUUGGUAAAGGCCGGGGCGAAGGCCACCCCCGUAUGGCCCAGAUCUCUGGGGUGCCAAACCUGUUUGGAGUGUGUGUCUACUCCUUCAUGUGCCAGCACUCCCUGCCCUCCCUGGUGACGCCCAUCUCUGAUAAGAGGCGUGUGGGAACCCUGGUGGUGUGUGACUAUGUCCUCAUCCUUGGCUUCUACGGCCUGCUCUCCUUCACAGCCAUCUUCUGCUUCGACAGCUCCCUGCUGCACGACAUGUACACCCUCAACUUCACUGACAACUGUGACGUGCUGGACAUCGCCGCGCUGCGCUACUUCCUGGGCCUCUUCCCCGUCUUCACCAUCAGCACCAACUUCCCCAUCAUCGCAGUCACGCUGCGCAACAACUGGAAGACCCUCUUCCACCGCGACGGGGGCACCUACCCCUGGGUGGUGGACCGCAUCGUCUUCCCCCUCAUCACCCUGGUGCCGCCCAUCAUCGUGGCCUUCUGCACCCACAACCUGGAGUCCCUGGUGGGCAUCACGGGCGCCUACGCUGGCACGGGCAUUCAGUACGUCAUCCCCGCCCUGCUGGUGUACUUCGGCCGGCGACACCUGGAGCCCAUGCUGGGCACGGACGAGGUCAACAAGCACCAGUCCCCGUUCCGCCACACUUUCUGGGUGUGGUUCGUAGUGGUGUGGGCUACCUUCUGCCUCAUGUUUGUCACAGCCAACAUCAUCCUGGAGGACACCAAGAAAUGAGGACACUGACUGACUGUGAAACACGGGUUUCUCUGUGUGGGUGUCUUGUAUUUCUACGUUUUCUCUAUCUGAGGCCUUACAGAACUUGGUACAGUUCGGACGGUGUGCCUUUUUAUGCCGCUCUUGUAGCAUGGGAAACCCUUGUAAUUAAAGCGGUAAUCAGCAGUUGAAACAAUUAUAAAGUAUUUUCCCCGCCCCUGUUUCGGUAAAAAGCUUGAGGAUGGGGCCAUUGUGUAAAUGUAAACCGUAGACAGAGCUAUGCAUGCAAGGACUAGCCAUCCAGAUAUCCAAAUGAUAGUUUUAACCAUGUUUUGAGGAUAUAUAGUGUUUAUUUACAUUUACUUUGUUUACAAACAGAG